UUUGUUUUCGUCUGGAUGCUUACUAGUUGCUGUAGAGGAGAGGAGCAGGGAAAGGGAAAGGGUACAGAGGAUAGAAGCAGGGAAAGGAAACAGAGGAGAGGAGCAGAAGACAUACAGACCUUGGGCCUUGGGGCUUCGGCUGAGGGAGGAGACCAGCGGGCAGCGGGGAGGGGACUGGGCGGCGGGAGGACGUCACAGUGGGGAGGAGCUGCUGGCGACGAAGAGACCAACGGGGAGGAGCUUUCAGGCGGGGAGGAGCACGAGCUCGUUGAGAAGGAAGUUCCAGGCAGGGAGGAGCGUCGCCGGCAGGACCUGCCAGGCGGGGAGGAGUCUCGCCCGCGGGAUCUGCUUCCAGGCGAGGAGCGCAGCCGGCGGGACCUGCUUCCCGGCAGGGUCGCGGCGUCGCAGGGAGGUCGAGACGAGCACGAGCAGAUGUCUAGUAGCUCCAACGGCCAUUAUCCUGCUAAUGGUGCAAAGGUUCAUAGAAAAGAAAAGAAUAAAGAGAAAGUACAGCUCGACAAAAAUGCAGCCUCUUCAGCCUGCCAGAAGGACAGGCAUUAUAUUGAGAAAUUAGAAACAGAAUUGAUGAACUGCUAUCAGGAAAUUGAUUAUUUGCAGGAUCAGUUAAAUAUACGGAGCGUUGAAGCAAACAUCAUGGGGGAGCAUAUUCACAGUCUUGAACUGAAGCUGACUGAACUUGAAAAGUUCCCAGAAAGAGUGAGAUUGAUGGACAAUGAGCUGAUACGAUCUGAUUCUCAGUGCUGGCUUCUGAUGGAAGAAGUCAGAUGUAAAGAAGAGGAGUUGCAGAAGGCAGCCGCACAGAUAGAGAAGCUUGAAAGUACAGCUUUAGAUUCACAAUGCGAAAUUGAGAGCUUGAAACUUGAUUUGACUAAUCUUGAGCAGAGACUACUUGACGCUGAAAGCUUUACCCAACAUGCUGCUGAGCACAAAGCUCAAAUUGAGAAACUACUGGGAGAACAUGAGCUCCAGCUACACGAGGCACAGAAAACUAUAGAUCAACUUGUACUGGAGAAUAAGCAACUGAAAGAGUUGUUGCCUGUAAGAGCUCCUAAACAAUCCCCUUCUAGAUCUGGGCAGCAAGUUGACAAAACAUUGGAGAACGGUGUUCGUGCUGAAUGUGAAAGUGGUGAUGUAAUUCUUGAAAAGAUGGCAAAACGAAAUGAAGAAUCUGAACUUCUAAUUGAGCAGCUCAAGGAAGAGCUUCGAGAACAAAAGUUAAAGGCAAAAGAGGAUGCAGAAGAUCUCACCCAAGAAAUGGCUGAACUAAGAUACCAGAUAACAGGCAUGCUUGAGGAAGAAUACAAGCGUCGAUCUUGCAUUGAGCAGGCAGCUAUUCAACAUAUUCAGGAGCUGGAGACUCAGCAGGUCUCCAAAGAGAAGACAAAGUUGAGUGGGGCACUUAGGCGAUUGCAGGAAUCACAUGAACUAGCUCACGCACAAGCUAUGGAGAUUAAGAAGUUGAAGGCUGCUUUAGAGAGAUUUAACUCCGCAACAAACCUGGGUUCAGUUUGCAAAUCCUGCUCCUGCGGGUUCUCUGCAAUGUUGAUAGAGUUGUCUAAUUGCUCGAUCGAAGGACCCUCAGGCGGCACCAGAUCUCCCAAUCCCAACCACAUUGAUGAGAAGUCACAGAACCAAGCUCUAAUAGAGUGGCGUCCUGGUGAAGCUUCAGAUGGUGAUGGCGGUUAGGAGGGUACAUCGCCAAAUAGCAUGUACAUUUGAGUGUGCAAUUGACCAACUGUUGUAGAUAAUUCUUUGUAUUCACCAUUGUUGCCUGUAAAUGCAUAUGCAUUUGUUGCCUUAGCUAAAUUUCACAUUGUAAGCUUUCAAUGGGAGUUAAGCUCCCCUGGCAGUGAAAGUGUUACCUUAAGAUUUCACGUCUGUCAUAAAAUUUACCUGCAACUGCCAUCACGGUUUUUGAAGCAAAGACAGGAUUUUCUA